GUCAGCCCCCUGCCCAUUCAUGGACGUGCUCGCAUUGUGAGGUGACAGUCCAUCUCACAAAGGAGUGGUGCUGGCAGUGCGGGCAGCACUGGAAGGCGCCCAAGACAUCACAGCCGUCCGACGCGCAGGCCUGCCCGUGGCGGGAGAACGCGCAGCAGGACAGCUCGACAGACGUCAAGGGCACGGACUACAGCGGGGUCAUCCAAAAGAUCCAGGCGGCGUACGACGCAGCUGAAAAGGUCGGUAAGGUGGAUGCCAAACCGUUGCAAGCAGUUCUAGACACGGUCCGUGCCCAGCGAGAUUCUGAGAAGACGCCGAUGCAGAUGGCUCAGUCAAUGACCCAGAAGCUCGGGCAGAAGCAGAAGGCUCUGGAACGCCACAAGUCAGCCCUCGAAGAGUUCACUCGCGAGGCUUUGGAGGCGGAGAUGAAGCUAGCCAUGAAGAAGGAGAAGGUCGCGAAGGAGGAGGCCGCCAUUGAGGCCUGCAUCAGCGACAUUGCGAGGCUGGAGGAGGAGCAGAAGCAGUGGCUCGGCAAGGCUCGGGGAGAGCAGCAGCCCAAGCCAGCAGCGGCGCAGGUGGCCGAGUCCUUCAACGGGCUCCAGGUGCACGGGCAGCAGGUGCCUGCGGCCACGCAGGCCCCCGCCGAGGGCCAGCAGGCGCCUCCAGGGGCCACGGCCGCCGCCGCGCCCGACGG